CACAUCUACAAAUUUUACAUGGCCACUGAGUAUCACAUCGUCGUUCUGGGCUCCGGCGGCGCUGGCAAGUCUGCCAUCACCAUGCGCUACCUGCACAACCACUUUAUUCUCCAGUACGACCCCACGAUCGAGGACUCGUACCGCAAGCAGGUGGUCAUCGACUCGGACGCCUGCCUCCUCGACAUCCUCGACACGGCUGGACAGGAGGAGUUUUCGGCUCUCUCUUCGCAGUGGAUCCGCUCCGGUGAGGGAUUUAUCAUCGCGUACACCAUCACAGACUCGAAGUCGCUCGAAGAGGCCCGCGAAAUCCAGGCCCGCACCCUGCGGGUGAAGGACGCCGACGCCGUCCCGACUGUCAUCGUGGGCAACAAGGUCGAUCUCGAGGACCAGCGCACAGUGAGCACCGCUGAGGGCGUCGAGUUUGCAAAGUCGGUCGGUGCCUCGUUCUUUGAGACCUCGGCCAAGGACAACAUCAACAUCCACGAGACCUUUGCCGCACUCGUCCGCGCCAUGCGCGAGACUCGCGCCAAGGCCGCCGGCAAGCUGCUGCCCAAGUCCAAGCCCAAGAAACGGUGCGCCAUUCUCUGAGCGCAUCGAACGAUCACCUCCUCUCUUACUCUUCCUUAAUCCUCUGCACGUCUCUGUAAACGACAAUGCUCC